GGGGGGCGCGGGGCGGCGGAUAGGCCCCUCGGCGGGCGGCUGGGGAAGGGAAGGGGAAGGAGGCGGAACGGUGUGAGCAAGGACCACGAAGGUAGCGAUGCUGGGCGCCACCGUCGGGGACGCGUCCGCGAUUCACCUGCCCAUUGUCCCGCAGACGUUGGCCGUGCUGUGGGUGAUUUCGGCGCGUCCUCCAGUGGCGGUGGCCAGGCUGGUGAUGGUGAUCCCGACGAUGAUCGCGUUGGCGCUCAGCAGCCCAAGGACCGGGAUGAAUGCCCGCUCCAGGCCGCCGUGCGCCCGAGCAUCGGGAUGGCCUCCAGGUUGUCCUGGCGGGGCCCCGCAGAAGCGGCAGCCCGUCUCGAGGAAAAAACUUCGCCGUGGUGAGAUGCGUCUCCAGGUCGGAGGCGGAAGUACGGUCCUCGACGAAUAGGGCGUUCUUUUGCGACGCCUGGCCCAAACGUUUCGGGACACUCACGCUCACCUUUUUCCGUCACGUAGCGGAAGUCCUCGACGAACCCCUCGCCCUGCAGCGCCGCGGGCAGGGCCGGGACGACGUCCACCGUGUGGCACGUGUUGACGUCGGCGACGCCGCCCAAGGACACCUCCAGCAGCUGCUCCGCGCGCGCUGGCGCGCCCGCGCGUUGAAAAACGCCGAUGGGUGCCCGGGCAAAAAUAAUCUGGGCGUGCGAGCGGGAGAGAGUGCAGAAGAAGGCACGGACACGCCUGAGAGAAGCGUCGGGCACCACCUCGAGGGUGGGUGUUCGGAGUUCCCGCCCAUGGCCUUGAGCCAAGGCU